UCGGAACUCUUAGUACUGUAUUGAUUAUUGCUUAGAUCGUAUCCUACCUGUUCGGUGAACCUGUGUGAUGUAUCAGAUGUGUAGGGAAGAAGCAGUAAUAGCUCUUGCGUGACGAGUCCACAUUAGCGCUAGACAUGCACAUGGACUACCCCGGGAUUAUUUUUAUUUUCACUCUGCUCCUCUUGGCGGGUCUCGAUGGCGAUGCUCUGCCUAAUUUCGUGCUGCUGUUCGCCGAUGAUCUGGGAUACGGAGACCUGGGCAGUUACGGACAUCCCAGUUCUCAGACCCCGAACCUGGACAAGCUGGCGGCCAACGGACUGAGAUUUACUGACUUCUACUGCACCAGUCCUGUGUGCAGCCCCUCCAGAGCGGCAUUGCUGACGGGGCGUUACCAGACCCGUUCCGGAGUUUAUCCAGGUGUGUUCUACCCGGGUUCAAGGGGGGGGCUUCCUCUCAAUGAGACCACCUUAGCAGAGGUCCUGAAGCCCCUGGGCUAUGCUACUGCCAUUAUUGGCAAGUGGCAUCUUGGUCUUGGUGCCAAUGGAAUGUACCUUCCCAUCCACCAGGGAUUUGACCACUUCCUUGGAGUUCCAUACUCGCAUGAUCAGGGACCCUGCUCCAGCCUGACCUGUUUCCCCCCCGACACCAAAUGCUACGGGACCUGUGAUGUCGGUGUGGUGACCGUGCCCUUGAUGUCCAACGAUACCAUUGCCAAGCAGCCCGUCAGCUUUCCGGACCUUGAGCGGGCCUACGUCGACUACGCCACAAACUUCAUCAUGAAAUCUGCAAAGAGCAAGGAGCCCUUCUUCCUCUACUACCCAUCACAUCAUACGCACUACCCCCAGUUUGGUGGGACAGAGGCGACGGGACACACCCAGCGAGGCCGAUUCGGGGACUCCCUCUAUGAGUUGGACAGGACAGUGGGGAAGAUCAUUCAGGCUCUGGAGGACAGUGGCGUCCACAACAACACUCUUGUGUUCUUUACUGCAGACAACGGGCCGGAGCUGAUGCGGAUGUCACGUGGGGGCAAUGCAGGCCUGCUCAAAUGCGGCAAGGGGACCACCUAUGAAGGGGGGAUGCGCGAGCCUGCUAUUGCCUAUUGGCCUGGAAGAAUCCAACCAGGUGUUACAUGUGAGUUGGCCACCAUCCUCGAUAUCCUGCCCACUUUUGCCAAAUUGGCUGGGGCAAAACUACCCUCAGUACAACUGGAUGGAUUUGACAUGAGUCCCAUCUUAUUUGACAAUGGACCGGGUGCGAGAAAGGCAGUGUUCUACUACCCCGUGGAUCCCAGUGAAAAGUAUGGGCUAUUUGCUGUGCGGGUGGGGAAGUACAAAGCCCACUACUACAGUCGAGGUUCUGCCCAAAGCAGCACAACGCCAGACCAGGACUGCAGUGUACUGGCCUUCCUCAAGCAGCAUGACCCACCUUUACUCUUCAACUUGGAGAUUGACCCCUCAGAGAACUACAACUUGUCGGUGGUUGAUGAUCCAGAGUACAAGGAUGUGCUGGAGAUGAUCCAGGGUGUAAAAAAGGAGUUUGAGAUGGGCAUGGUGUUUGGGGAGUCUCAGACGAGCAAAGGGAGAGACUCUGCACUGGAGCCCUGCUGUACACCAGACUGCAGCCCCAAACCCUCCUGCUGCACCUGCUAGAGUGCACCUGUUCU